CUGGACUGCGACUGAAGCAGGAAGAGUGGGGGCUGUGGUGACAUGAAGCAGCCCUGCCGCUGAGGCUCCAUUGUCCCCACUUCAACGUGGGGACCCCCCAGGAUGAGCAAGCUGCCUGGCGAUCUGGCCGGUGACUUGGAGCGCAGUUUGCCGGCCCUGGCCUCCCUGGGCACCUCACUGUCCCACAGCCAGAGCCUCUCCUCACACUUCAUCCCACCACCUCUGGAGAAGCGCAGGGUCGUCUCUGACGUCCGCCGCACCUUCUGCCUCUUCGUCACCUUCGACUUGCUCUUCAUCUCCCUCCUCUGGAUCAUCGAGCUAAAUACCAACACUGGCAUCCGGAAAAACCUGGAGCAGGAGGUCAUCCACUACAGCUUUCAGAGCUCAUUCUUCGACAUCUUUGUUCUGGCUUUCUUCCGCUUCUCUGGGCUGCUCCUGGGCUACGCUGUGCUACGGCUCCAGCACUGGUGGGUGAUUGCGAUCACCACGCUGGUGUCCAGUGCAUUCCUCAUUGUCAAGGUCAUCCUUUCCGAGUUGCUCAGCAAAGGGGCGUUCGGGUACCUGCUCCCCAUCGUCUCUUUCGUCCUGGCCUGGCUGGAGACCUGGUUCCUUGAUUUCAAAGUCCUACCCCAGGAGGCUGAAGAGGAGAGAUGGUAUCUCGCUGCCCAGGCUGCUGUUGCCCGUGGACCCCUUCUAUUCUCCGGUGCUUUGUCUGAGGGCCAGUUCUACUCUCCCCCAGAAUCCUUUGCAGGGUCUGACAGUGAAUCAGAUGAGGAAGUCGCUGGGAAGAAAAGUUUCUCUGCCCAGGAGCGGGAGUACAUCCGUCAGGGGAAGGAAGCCACUGCAGUGGUGGAUCAGAUCUUGGCCCAGGAGGAGAACUGGAAAUUGGAGAGGAGAAAUGAGUAUGGGGACACUGUGUACACCAUUGAAGUUCCCUUCCAUGGCAAGACCUUCAUCUUGAAGACCUUCCUGCCCUGUCCUGCUGAGCUGGUAUACCAGGAAGUGAUCCUGCAGCCUGAGAGGAUGGUACUAUGGAACAAGACGGUGACCGCCUGCCAGAUCCUACAGCGGGUGGAGGAUAACACCCUUGUCUCCUAUGAUGUGUCGUCCGGAGCCGCAGGUGGCGUCGUGUCCCCCAGGGACUUUGUGAAUGUCCGACGCAUUGAGCGGCGCAGAGACCGGUAUCUGUCAUCUGGUAUUGCCACCACACACUGCUCCAAGCCCCCCACGCACAAAUACGUCAGGGGAGAGAAUGGCCCUGGAGGCUUCAUUGUGCUCAAGUCAGCCAGCAACCCCCGGGUCUGCACCUUCGUCUGGAUUCUUAACACAGACCUCAAGGGCCGCCUGCCUCGGUACCUCAUCCACCAGAGCCUUGGGGCCACCAUGUUUGAAUUUGCCUUUUACCUGCGGCAGCGUGUUGGAGAGCUGGGCGCCCGAGCCUGACCAUGUUCCCUCGCCACCCUGCGGGCCAGGGUCCUGUCCACAGCCUCUGGAGCCAGAAAGUGGAAAUGUUUGGGUUUCUGCUGCCCAUGAAGGACUUUGUGCUAAGCAGGCCCGUGGCACCUCCUUCCAUGGCUGUAGCCUUCCACUAAGCCACACUGCUCGGAACAGGGCCCUGAGCGGUUGUGGGGUUGAGUACCUGGACUCGGGGUUCCCCAUACUGGAGGAGCCGGGACUGUCUUGCCUAUGCUGACCUACAGCUCCUGCCUUCUGGAGGAGGAGACCCCCGCCAUGCCUCACUGGGCACCUUAGACUUGGUCACAGAGGACCUGGGCCUGGGUAGGGCAGGAGACCAUCCCGUUGCAACGUGAAGGUGAGGAAGCCCUCUAGUCCAGGUUUUGUACCAUUAGGGAAGGGGUCUGGGACCCUGUUCCAUACACACUGUGGGGAUGUAAGGCAGGGGGACAGCAUUGCCUUCCUGCCUCUCCUCGCCUUCUCGGGAACCUUUGUAAUAAAUUGAGCCAAUUAAAAACACAAAAUAAAGAAUCAAAA